AAGAGCAGGAGAGACAUCCUGAGGUCCACCAAGAGGACAUGGGCUCCCCUGGAUGAGCAGCCGCCCCCUGGCUCUGAGGAGGAGAGCCGCAGUCUCACCUCCCCCAUGCUGGAAGAUUCCAAACAAGAAAGUAUUCAGCACUGGCUGGACUCUGGAUUCUUUGUCUCUGUAAAUGAAAACCUUCAGCCAGCCAUCGACCACAUUGUUCCUUUUCAUGAACAAGGAAUGGUUCAAAUGCCUAUGAAAGACUACAGGAGAUCUCUGCAUCAGUGUUUAGAAACUCCCACUCUCUCCAGAGGGACCAGUUUCAACUCUGGCCAUUCUGCUGCAAGUAUACCACAAAGCAUUCCUGAAUGGCUGGAAUUUUGGGAAAAAGAUCCAGUGGAGAUUCUCUUGGAUCUGGGGUUUGGUGCUGACGAGCCAGACAUCUACACACGAAUCCCAGCCAGAUUCCUGGGUUGUGACUCAGCAGCCAGAGGAAUCAACAUCCGUGUUUUCCUCGAAGCUCAAAAGCAGCGAAUGGACAUUGAGAACCCUGACUCGUACAGCUGUUUCUAACAGCUGGAAAUAUUGGAUCAUGUGGCCAGUGCUUUCUCAUCUUUGCUGAAUGAUGUCAACAUCCUGCAGAACAAAGCUAAAGAGGAAGAUGAAGGGAAAAGCAUGCAAAGAACCUCAGUGAGUGAAGCCAAAGAGCAUCGAAGAAGAAUGGGUGAACUUCUUCGGAUAGGUUCAGAGCAGAACACUAGAAGGGAUUGUAGCCUGGGAGUACCACAGUCAUUGAAGAUGAGAAACAAAUUUUCCAUCGUCUCUGCAGAAGCAGGGUGUGGAGCAGUUGCCGUGACAAACAAACAUGACCAAAGUCAUUUGUCUCUUUCAGCAGAGCACUGGUCUCUUCAGGCCUGUGAUGACUUGACAGCUUGUGAUCCUCCCCAAGCUCUUCUGAGCAAGCAGUGUCCUCACUCAUCCAUGCGGGCCAAGCAGGCUCCUCCUUCCUGUGUGUCUGAGGGGUUAGUCAAGGACAGAACUCAAAAGGAGAACUCACUUCAGACUAACAAACUCAAGAGCUUGUCUUGUCUUGCAGGCAAAGCACCAGACUCCUUCGAAAUGGAAGAGGUCCAGAGCUUUGAAGAAGAGGCUGGUAAUCCUCUCGACAUGACCUCAGGAACUGUAGUCCAAUUCGAAGAUAAUUUGCCCCUGAGAUGUAACUUCACCACGGAGCUGUCACAGAAUUUUCUGCCAUUGGAGGAUGGAAGAGAGAAGAACUUGGCAAAGAGGAAACCAGUGACUCAAUUUUACACUGAUUGCCCUCUGGGUCUUAUGGUGAUGCACAUCACAGAAGUGAAGGAUGGGUUCCUGAGGCCUGAGCGAGCUGGGGCAGUAUAUGUACAAAGCCACCACUGUGAGUCUCAGCUCCUGUGCACAGUCCCUGAGAUGGAAACAAUGAGGACGGUCUGCCAGAGUUUCCGGAAGCAUUUAGAAGAAAUUGAGCAGCACCUUAGAAAACAACAGGCACUCUUUUCCAGGGGCAUGUCAGAGGAGAAAAGAUAAUUAAGGGAGCCAUAAAAGGAGGAGACUGAACAACUGCAAACUUUACUGGAAGCCCUGCAGCAGUAGUUGGAGGAGCUAGAGUUUCAACUGGGAGACCAGGCUCAGCAAAUUCAAGAAGGGAUGCUGUCGUAGCUUGAGCUUCUCACAGGGAAACCACCUGAACCACUGCAUCAGUAUAAGUGGACCGAAGAAAAGAAUAGCCAGACUUCAUGUGCUAAGAUCCACCCCUCCAUGGCCCCUGGGGCUGCCUUUCCUCCCAGUGAUGGCCAGCGGGCUCCAUGCUGCAGUGUGACCCAUUUAGCUGCCUUUCCUCCAUCCACCUUCGGGAGAAGCACCAGGAUGUCUCCUCCAGCUUGGGCAGAAUCAGAUCCAGCCUCUCUGUCAAAUUGUCCAGUUGGAGAAAAGGAUACAGAUGUCUUCCUCUAG